UUUUCAAAUUUUUAUAUAUUUACUGACUAUUUUAUUUUAAGAAGAAUCCUGCAGAGUACUAAAAUACUUUUCGAAGGGAGUUAUAAUAUUUGAAAAGAUGUAUGCAAUCGACGAAAAUAGUGGACAUAGUACCAGAAGAGGAAAGCGUCGUUCAUCAAUAUUGAAGAUUCCAAAAUCUCCUGGAUGUGCUUUGGAUGAUAUCGACCCAAAUUUAGAGAAUGUUGAUGAAAAUGGCCAAAGAUUGAAGAAAGCUCGUAGGUCAUCUCAUCGUCGUGUCAGCUUUGCUGAAACAUGUCAAGUGAAAGAGAUUCCUAAUAAAGCUAUUGAGAACAUGUCUGAUGAAAAUACCCAUGUCUCUCAUGGAUUUUUAAAUCGCGAAAGCACCCGAGAUAACAGUUCCUAUCGACCACCUUCAUUGAGUCUGGCUGGUCUGACUUCACUCUUAACAAGUCCUAUUGAAGAGUCGCCACAAAGACCACCAUUUUUUGAAUACCCAUCAGUGAGUGGAAACUGCAGUCAGAUAGAUUUCACCUGCUGUCAGCCUGAUGAGAAUUCUAAAGAUAAUAUAGACGUAACUGAGAAUGAUAUGGAGAUGACCAACAAAAUGUUAGAAGCUUGGGAAAUUGAGCAAUCAACUGUUUCCACAUCACAUUAUAAUGUCAAGUCAUCACCAGAAGAAGAUCAACUGGAUUUUACCCACACUCAUGGUGCUUUUGUCCAAGACAAUCAAUUCAGUGCAACUGACCAACAAGUUGGAAACAUGGAAAUGACUAAAAACUACGAAGGAUGGGAGAUUGAGCAGUCUACGGUACUUGCACGACAAGUUUUAUCUACCAAGAGCACGACUCAGUAUGUUAGAUCAGAGCCUGUUCCAUCUCAAAAAAGAGACGCGACCUCGUUUUUAAACCAACUCAGGAAUUCAAGCAAUAAUUCCUCUAGUUUCCAGCAGAAACUACAAACAUCUGAGCUUUCUGAUCACGCACAUUCAACCACCCAGGCCGGCAGAUCCCGUUCAUUUCCACAAACACGAUGCGAAGAAUUUGCGAAAAGAGAUGGAACUUCAUUCUUAAAUCAGCUCAAGUCUACUAAAAACACUUCCAGUUAUCAAAAACAGCGAAGAAAUUUAACAAAGGAUGAUCUAACAUUUAAAAACACGCCACCAAUGUCAAGCUCAAUGAAGAUGCCGUCAGAGAGGAAAGAGGCGGUUCUUGAUUUCACGACGUGUGUUGGAAAUGGUAUUCACGGAGAAGACAAGUCAUCUUAUGUCUCCUUUGAUGAGAUGGAUAUCACAGGAAAUUAUGGCAACUUGCAGGAUCAAAAUACGCAACAGACUUGUGUCGCCGGCAGAAAUGAUCUAAUACUCAGAAACCAGCAAUCGUCAAAUAAGGAUCAUGAUUUGCCUCUGACUCGAUGUCACGUAACUCAAGACCAUGAUAGCGUUCAAGAUAUAACCGGGAAUGAAAUGGAAAUGACCAAAAACUACCAAAAUUGGGAACAACAACAGCAAUCAUAUAUGGUGCCUCUGAAGAAAAGCGAUGAUAAGUUUCAGCAUUUCACAAUGAAGAAUGACAACUUGGAAUUGACUCGAUGUUAUUCUGGAAACAUUGAAACAUCUCAGAAUCUAGCCGUUGAUAAAGAUGUCACGGCAAUGGAAAUGACAAAGAAUUAUGAAAAUUGGCAACAGAAGGAGGAUUUGGUUUCAAAUAGAGCAAACACGCAAGAAAUCUGCUCAAAUAUACCUCUUGAAAAUAAGCGUUCUCCCGAAAACGAUGAAAAUUUAGAGUUCACUCGUUGUCAUGAUGGGAAGAUUGAAACCUCUCAGAGUCUAGCUGUUGAUGAAGAUAUCACUGGAAAUGGAAUGGAAAUGACAAGAAAUUAUGAAAAUUGGGAGAAACAGAAGGACUUGAGAGUUUCAAUUAUGGCGGAAACCCCAAAGAAUUGCAGUAAUAUGCAUCUUAAAAGAAAGCAUUCCCCUGUGAAAGAUGAAAAUCUGGAGUUCACUCGUUGUCAAUCUGGGAAGAUAGAAACCUAUCAUCAGAGUCUAGCUGUUGAUCAAGAUGUUACUGAAAAUCGAAUGGAAAUCACAAAGAAUUAUGAAAAUUGGAACGAAGAAAAAACAGACGAGGUUUUAGUGAGCUCGUCAACAAUUGAGGACAGUGAAAUAACUAAGAAAACUUCGACCAUUCGUCCUGAAGAGAAUCUUAUCGUCGCAAACAGUGAAAAUAGUAAUAUUUUAGCACACGCUGCUCCAUUACUGGAUCAAGAAUUCUCAAUCAAUCUUACUCAGUCGGGAACAACAUCAGAGGUUGAAACAUCUCCGGUUCUUACAAGUGUUUCACCUUCCUCAGAAAAGAAAACGUCUGAGUUACCAACGCAGGAUGUAACGUCAGGCCACUCGGGGACAUCGAAAAGUCCAAUAUCUUUGAUAAAGCCAGUUCCACGUGUGUCAUCAUCACGAAUUGCCACGGAAAUAAACUUGAGCCGCUUCGAGAUAAAGCUGCCAACUUCAAGAACUGGAAACUUUCCGAUUUAUAAAUGUGAAGAAAAUAUCUCGGCGAUUGAACCCUCCACGCAACGUGAUGUAAGCAUUGCUAACCAGACAGUGGCUGUCUCUGGUGCUGAGGCUAUGAUCACCAACAAUGAGGCUUCUGGAGAAGAUCAUGUUGAAGACAAAGCAUUUGGGAAUGAAAACGAAGUCUCGCCACAGACAGUUGAUAGAGAAGAGAAAAUGCAUUCCGUAUCAGCGAUGGACCUCUCAACACAGCCUGAACCAAGUAAAACAACGUCACAAACUCAACAAAUUGAAACGAUUGUAGUCAAGGAAGAAGAAACUCCUGAAGCGAUUGAGAAGCCAUAUACACUGAGAGAUUUCAUGUCUGAUGUUGGUAUCAGCUUUCUUCAUCAUCGCACUCGAAGAAGUGAGACUCCCAUGUUAAAGUAUAAUGCUCCGAAGGAACUUAAAGACAAAAUCUACUCUAGAGCAUUAUCCGAAGCUAAGCAUCAAAUCAUGGAAGAUUUUGCUGAACAAUUACAAAAGGAAAUAUCUGCGAAUGAAGAGAUCUACGCUGCGAAAGAGAAGCAUCUAAGCACCCACAAUCCUCCAGUAUUUGCUAAGUUAAGGGAAGUUCUGGAAACGGAAAAGGAGGAUCUUUUAGUGGAAGUGAUAAAACAGUUGAAAAGAACUGGGGAGACCAGAGGAAAACGUUUGUGGCACAUACGAAAGAAAGAGAUGCGUAAGAAUGUGUUUACUUCACUUCAGGAACAAGAGAAGAAGCUGUCAUUUGACUCGUCUCUUUUGAGUAAGCACAAAGAUGAAAUAAGUGAAGAUAUUAGCGCACUAAAUGAAGUGGAUGCAGAUUGUGACAAACAGAUUCAGGAAUUGGAGGCGACGUUAGAUUCAGAAGAGAAGAAAUGGGCGAAUUUCGUUGAAGAUUAUGAGAAAAUUACGCAAAGAAUCGACGCUCUGGAAUUCGAGUUGAAAACGAAGGAAGAGGAACGAGCCAGAUUAUCAAGUGUAAGUGAGCUCCUCGCUUGUGAGGAAGCUGAGCUGAGGGCAACAAUAACAAAUAAUGAAAGUUCUGUAGAAGAACUGGUGCAUGAAAGGGAACUUCAUGAAUCAAGAGCUGAUGAGGUUCGAAGACUCCUUCCUGUUCAAAGAGAUAUUCAGGAAUGGAUUUUAGAGAAAUGCGAUGAGAAACAAUCGAAGUACAAAUUCUUGAAUAAAACCCUCGAUUUAGACGUGAUAUUUGUGAAUGAGAGAAAAAUAAAAGAUAUUCAACUAAGCUCUCAAAUAUCAGACGACAGUAUUCCAAUUGCAGUACUUGGCCAUAAAAUGAUUAUGGCAAAAUUCGCUCAUUAUGAUUUUCUAGCGAUGUUUCCCACUCGCAAACAACUGCCAAAGUUGCUACAUGAAGUGUCUCUGGCGUGUGCCCGUGUACGGUUAGUGUUGGAGACAACGACAGACUUCUCCAUCAAUCACAUCAUGUCUGUCAAUGAUAAAGUGUUGAGCGUGGAGUUUUCAAGUCUGGCAAAGUUUAUGAAGUUUAUUCUAAGGUUUGACCUCAGUGAAGUGGUGUCUCAUGGUAAAAUGCCGUUCACAGUCGACAGAAAGAUCGGGAAGACAAGUGCUGACGAAAUAACCGAUUUACUCAACAACUUUCCGUCGACCGUUAUGUCCUUACCGAAGAUUCUUGAGGCCGCUGAUAAAGCUAUUAGGUAACCACAUUAUCGACAGUUUGUACAGGGGAAGAACACGAGUUGUUUGUUAAUAUGUG